UAUGCAUUGCUCCUCCCCCAGCCCCGGUGUGUGUGUGUGUGUUUGGCUGCGUGCGCUCUGGUGCUUGCUCUCAGAAUGAUGAUGUCGGUGUGCUCGGAGCCCGGCUUCUCCAGCGAGGAGCUGCUGAACCUCCGCUUUCCCCUACACCGGGCCUGCAGGGAUGGAGACCUCGGCUGCCUUCAGUCUCUGCUUCAAGGCCCCACCGCGCAGCAGCUCGGGAAGGAAGACUCGUGCUACGGCUGGACUCCGAUACAUUGGGCCGCUCACUUCGGGAAGUUGGAGUGCCUGGUACAGUUGGUAGGAGCAGGUUGUUCUGUUAAUGCCAGCACAACUCGUUUUGCUCAAACUCCAGCUCACAUUGCUGCGUUUGGGGGACAUCCACACUGCCUGGUAUGGCUAAUUCAAGCAGGUGCCCAUGUAAAUAAACAGGACUAUGUGGGUGAGACCCCUGUCCACAAAGCUGCAAGGGCUGGUAGUAUGGACUGCCUUAAGGCCCUUGUAUCCAAUGGAGCCCAAAUAAACUUUAGGAAUGCCAGUGGCUUGACAGCGGCUGACCUUGCACACUCCCAGGGCUUUCAAGAGUGUGCGCAGUUUCUCCUUAACCUCCAGAACAGUCAGCUGAACGGUUUUUAUUACAGCAACUCCUUAAAUGGAGUCCACCAAGUCAACUCCCCUAAUCAUUUUAAUGGAGGCACAAUAAGUCGCAAGCGUUCCUUCAAUGAUUUGGAGGCUUAUGCCAUCAAGAAGCUUAGAACUGAAGGAGGCAGCAUUUAUAUCCGGGCUGAUUUGGCUGGAGGGGUAGAAGACGAGAGCAUGCAUGUAGAAAAUCACUCCGAGAUAUCAGAUAUGAAUGGUAGCCCCACUACAUUAACAAAUGGACAAGCAACUAAUGGAUUUAAUGCACCCCUUGGAGACAUGGAAACAAGUUCUGCAAAAUGCCUUCAGUUCUCUCAAGAAAUCAACAAUGUCACGGUCACAAAUGGCAAGACAGAGAGCCCUGAUGAGCAUGGGACUUUUGCUGAAAAUAACAUUGAUGCCAUCAGUCCUCAAGCCUGCGGCUCUUUGCAUGUUAAUGGGAGCCCUAGUAGUUGGGUGAAUCCUAGGCCUUCUUUGGGUGAUGGGGCUGCUGACAUCUUACAGUAUGGAUAUUACCAUGGAUUUGGAGACUCUGCUGAAAGCUUACCAGAGUAUAGUAGUCUUCGGGAACAUUCUGAGUCGGUCAAUGUUGAACAUAGAUAUAAAAGUACAUUCAUAAGCACACUUCACCAGUAUCAGGGAUUUUAAUGGUUAUAUAUCCAUGUGCAAGAAAGGUUAACCAGUUUAUUCCUAAAACCUGGCAUCUAAAAUGCAAACUGUUACAAAGAAAAUUAUCUUUGUCUCCCAUUUAUAUAUACUUUUUUCUAAUUGCGUGGGAAAAAUUGUACGUCAGCAUGUUUGCCUAUAUCAGUAAAUCAUAGUGAAGACCGCGCUGCUCAAAUAAUCCAGAAGGUAUCCAAAAAUAAAGGCAG